AUGCAUUCAAAGACUUUCAAGGUCUCCUUCCUCCUCUACUUUUCCAUGUACUCUGGUCUCAUUGAUGCGGGGUUUACUGUAAGAUGACUAUAAAUAUACCUCUUAAUCUGAAACUAUCUCUAGGAUACGCUCUCCAAUAUUUGGCAAGGAAUCAAAGACGCCAAAAACGAAUUCGAAUCAGCCGAAGAUACGGCUGGCACUUGGGUAAAUGAUACCGAAAAGGAGGUCAACACAGAUGUGAAGGUCAUCCCAUUGGUCCCUCAAUUGGAAAAAUGGGGAGUUUUGUGUUCGCCCUGUCAAUCUGGUGUGGACUUUCUCUCUUAUUACAUCACCUAUGACUUCUAUGUGCCAUUGGUAAAGGAUAGGCACGGUUAUUUUACCAUUUAAACUUCAGGGUCUCGUCGCAAUUUGCCCAAUCAUCUAUGCAUUCGAUGAGAAUGCUCAUAACCUCUUGGCCUGUGAGAUUCUUGUAGGCGGCGCCAUCGUAUUCUCAUUCUUUGGAAACUCCAAAAAAGUGUGUAAAGGGCUGGGAAUGUGUGAUGUGUCGACUAACUCAACCAAAACCAAGAGAAGUGCCGAUGAAGGAAUGGAAUUUGACGAUCUUUUGAAGGUAAAAUGGAUUUACAAACCUUAUCUUUCAACAAGAUUUAAUUAUACUUUGUUUAAAUUGCAGUUGUUGCCAAGGAAUUUCAAGGAAUUCUCCAACAAAAUGGAUCAUUUGAAGCCGGCUGAUUACCUCAAGGUUGAGCACAACGUGGUGGAAAUCAUUGGUCAAAUAACAAAGCAGAAUCCUCAAAAGAUUGUGGAGUUGCUGCAGGAGAUCGCUCCCUAUUAUCAGUAA